UCCUGCAGCUAGCAACCCGGACUGGCAUCUCUCCUCCGACCCCCAUGCUCUAGCUGUUCUCCACCUAUACGCACGAACCUCCAACACGACAACGCGCGAUAACACACAGAAGGUAGGGCGAUCAGGCAGGUUGUGCAACGACAGAGCCUGAUGCUCGGAAACAGCCAACUUCAACGACAACACGUACAUUCACUUCGUCAACACUAUCUUUCUCAGACUCUCACUAACCACUACUGUGAGGACAAAGCUUGCUGUACGAACACUGAGUUGACUUUCCGGUUCAGAUGGUCUCCGACAGUGCUAUUGCUGCAGGCGUUAGCGUCUCUCUCGUCGCGGUCCUCGCCAUCGCCGUCUUUCUCUUCUGGUAUCUCCACAGGCGUCAUGUACACGUCGCACAAAGCCAACCUGCGAAACCGGUCAAGCGGAGUACACUGCUCGAUCCCAGUCAUCCCGCAUGUCAUGUAACCCCAUUCGGGUCGCCAGGAGAGGCAGUCCGUUUCGUGCAAGAACCGGGCGCGAACAUGCGCACCGCACAUCAGCGCGAAGACGGUGGCUGGGAGUUCACAGACAUGUCGCCGAACGACCUCUCCACGUUCGACCUGACGGGCGUCGUGCAGCCCCGGAACUCGCUCUCCGGCCGUUCAACAUUGAGUUUCGCGUCGACGCUACACAUGGGCUCGGAUAAGAAGGCGAAGCUCCUCCCGGGCGAGCUCACCACCCGUGGGUACCUGGAACGCGACAUGGACGUCGACAUUGAGGGCAACCCUCCACCCGCGUAUUCGCAUGCCCAUCGAGACUCCAUCGUCGAGCCCUGAGCCUGCGCCCGCAUCCGAGGUCAUUUCUCACCUGCGCUGGCUUGACUUUUGAUCCAAGGGCGCAUACAUUUCUGAUGUUCGCCGAGCGCUCAUUCAUGUGUACCUUGCUCUAUGCUCUCUAUUGCUUUUUCCCUUGCUGCUUCCUUUGGGUUGAUUUGCGGGUUGUAUCACACAUGCGAUGAUGUACUGCUUUCUACCGUGUUAUCCGGCUGGCCUCAAUAAGUGCGCCCCUCGAAGAACCACGGGCGUCUCCACGCAUAUAUUCUCCAGGCGUGUAUCUGUCAGGGAGAUGCUUCUGGAAUCUGCAGUUUCCUUGUCUCGGUCGCGAUGCUAGCUGAUAUUCUGCAGACACGCAUUCCCAUGCACGUCUGAAAGGUCCGAUGGACAGCUCCCUUUGCUAUCUCUUGCAUGGCGGUAAGGGUUUGAAUCGCGGAACUGCUCAACUGCGCGCUCCGACCAUAUAGCUGUUCAAUCAAUGGAGGUCAGUACCCAC